AGAAGAAGAAGAAGCUGCUAAUCAGUCCUCAGCAGACUUCAGGCUGCGCACACAAACAGUCUCCACGACGCACGAUGCCGUCUCCAAUCCCCAUAACCCGCCUGCUGCCUAACCAGUCCCUGGACCUCGGGACCUGUAGCAGCCCGCUGGCCAAAUACUCCUUCGGCAACACCUUACACGUCCCCGCUCAGCGGCCCCACAGCAAAGUUGCCAGCCGGCUCUGGUCCACUGUGAUCCACUGGAAGGAGCUGCGCUCUGUGGAGCCUGUGGGCUCCGGAGGGUUCGGCUCCGUCUACAAGGCGGAGUACCUCGGGGAUACCGUCGCGCUGAAGAGAGUCAAAAAGUGCACCAAGAACAAGCUGGCGUCCCGGCAGAGCUUCUGGGCCGAGCUGAACGCGGCACACCUGCGCCACAGCAACAUUGUGCGCGUCAUCGCGGCGACCACCUGCGUGCCGGUGGAUUUUGGAGAUGAAAGCAGCAUCGGGACGGUACUGAUGGAGUUUGUGGGAAACAGAAAUCUGCAGCAGAUCAUUUACGGAUGCACGGAACCCCUGGGGGAGGACCGGUGGCUCAGGUACUCCGCAGACAUUCUACGCGGUUUGCACUUUCUGCACUCCCACAGUGUUGUGCAUCUGGACAUAAAGCCAGCCAACGUGUUGGUUUCCUGUGAAGACGUGUGUAAAAUCUGCGAUUUUGGCUGUUCAGUGAAGCUGGACCAUGGGUGCGAAGAGAGCGCUAUCAGCCCGCAGGUGAGCCACGUAGGCGGCACGUACACGCACAGAGCCCCGGAGCUGCUGAAAGGCGACGGGCUGUCUCCCAAAUCGGACAUCUUCUCUUUCGGGAUCACCUUGUGGCAGCUGAUCACCAGGGAGCAGCCCUACACCGGCGACAGGCAGCACGUGCUCUACGCGGUGGUGGCGCACAACCUGCGGCCGUCCGUCCAGGACCAACCGGUGUUUGGCACCGAGCGGGGGCGGCUGUAUAGGACUCUGCUUGGCCGGUGCUGGAGCGGUGAUGGCCGCUGCAGACCCAGCGCCCAGGAGCUGCUGCCUCACCUGGAGCAGCUGCGCUCCAACGUAUGACGUUUUUAUUAUUUCUUAUAAACGGGGCACAGAUGUGCGUUUCAUAAAAUGGGACAUGUUUUAGGAACAUUUUAGAAGGCAUGUGUCGGCCCAGGAGGAGGCGUGAACUACCCACUUUCUGAUGGUCACCAUAAUGCCGAACCUGGUUUGAAAACCAAACAAUUAAGUGCCAUCUUGUUUUACGGCGAUAUUAGAAUAUUCUUUAUCAUUAAAAUUGGUAGACUGCCAUACGUCGAUGUAAUGGUGUAGUUCGGCACGUGCAGAACACACGACUAAACUCUUAUUGUAAUAGAAACAACUUUGAAAAGUUGAAUGCCGAACCUGGUUUUAAUAAACCAACAAUUAAGUGCCUUGUUUUACGGCGGAAAUAGAAUGUACCUUAUUUAAAUUAAUAGACUACCAUAAAAUAAUAAAAUGGUUCAGUUCGGCGGAUGCAGAACCCACGACAAAACACGUCUUGUAAUAGAAAACAGCUUUCAAAGAGUUUUGCAACGCUCAUUCCGCCUGGAUUGAUGCAUUUUGGUUUCAUACUAGACUCAAGUAAAAUGUAUUGUGCGUCAGCGUUGGUAAUUGUGUGCCUAAUUGAAGUGGCUCGUAAUGAUGGAAGAAUGGACACUGGACACUUGUUUUCUUAGCAGUAUGAAAGAAAGGAAUCUUUAAAAUGUCCUAUAUUUGAGUGGAAUUUGGUGCAAAGUCUUGUGAAACAACGUAUCUAGAGGUAGAAGGAUUCAUUUAUUGUCAGGUUUAGUUUUAAAGUAUCACUUUAAACAAGACAGUCUACAGACUAACAUAUGUAUUUGCACAUUGUUUUCCAAUGCAGAUUUGUUAUACGUGUUGA